UUGGUAAAUAAUUUUAUGGUUUUAUCGCCUAUAGACAGUAAAGGGGAUGCACAAGAAAAUGAAUCAUCAGAAGACGAAUUUGUCGACGUGGAAGGUGGUUGCGACCUUCUAAAACCUGAUUUGCUGUCCCCAUGUAAAAGUCUGCAAGCACCUUCUGAAGUUGAAGAGCAUAAGACUAAUCCUGUUUUUUGCGGAAAAUGUGAUUUGCCUUUCAACAACAUUGAUGACUGCCGGAAUCACAUUGAAAAAGAGCAUGAGCGGCCUUUGCUUGGAAACUCUGCCAAUGAACAGCAAGAAAAGAAGAAAAAUAAAUUAAUCAAAGUUCCGCCGCAGAUGAAAUGCAAGACGAAUAUUUUGGAAAUCAGCAAAUUAGCAAAGCCAGUUGCUGCAAACUUAGAUAAAGAAAUGACAGGAAGCUCGGAGCACAAAGUUGAAAUUAGAGUCCAAAUAAGUGAAGCUGGUGAAACUUUCAGAUGUCAAAUUUGCUCUUUGAAUUUUGAUCGGGCGGAAAGCCUCGAGUGGCACAAAGAUUGUCACAUCCCUCGAAAGCUAGGAUUUUCCUGCUUGCACUGCAAGAAAUACUGCCGCACCUGGGCUGAUUGCUCUGCCCACCUGUGGAAAUCUCACAAGACUGAUUUAAGACGAUUUGUUUGCGAUAUUUGCAAGGCGAAAUUCACCAAACGCUUUAUGAUGAUCAAUCAUUUCAAGAAACAUCUGGGAAUAUACAGUUAUGCCUGUACCCUGUGUGGAAAAAAGUUCAGCCAAAACUCUCAGCUUAAACAGCACAAGCUAACUCACAUUCCUGUAUCUGAUCGUCCGACCAAAAAAGACUGCCCAAUUUGCUUCAACACUUACGCUGACCACAGGAGUUUGAGAAAGCACAUCCAUGAAGUGCAUGGAACCGAGAAAUCGUAUUUAUGCGAGACCUGCCACUUUAGGGCAAAUGGAGCUGCUGCAUUAAGGAGUCACCUGCGCAGCCACAUGACAGAGAAAUCGUUGAAAUGCGACCAGUGCAGCUUUGAAACCGUCUACAAAGAGUCGUUACGUCGCCACAAAAUGCUCCAUUCUAAUUCCAAGAAGUACCAGUGCCCAUUUUGCAACUCCUCUUUCAUUCAGUCAACCGGGUUCAAGAAGCACCUUCUUCGGAAACACUCUGAUAAACCAGGCAUGGUGAAAAUUUGCAGUAAAUGUCCUUUUUCGACUAUCAAUGAGGACGUUUACAAAAACCAUCUUCUCAGGGCACAUUCCAAAGAAACCACAAGUGAUGUCACUCCGCAUGCAUCAGAAUUUGACGGCAUUAAUCUUGACUGUUUGAUUCCUCUGACUGAUAAAAUUGAUCCUGAAACCAAAACUUUGAAUGCUGAGCUUCCGCUUGGAAUUAGUGAAUCAUAUGAUUGCAGCCAGAGACCUUCAUCUCCUUUCUUUUUUGACGUGUUACCUUCAGAACUAGUUGAAACCUAUUCAAACCCAAUGUAGAAAAAACAAUUGAAAUACAAUAUGAUUAAAAUAGUUAUUCUUAAAAUUCAAUCAAACUGGAGGGAUGUAAAUUAUAGUGAAUGGGAAAAAUUAAAAAA